AUGGAGGAUUUUAAUGCUUGUAUUGAUAAUGUGGGGUUAUCGGAUAUGAGAUACUCGGGAAAUCGGUUUUCGUGGUGUAAUGGUCAAGAAGGAACCUCAAGGAGUUGGGCGUGCUUAGACAGGGCUCUUAUUAGUGCUGAGGUGAUUUCGGUGUUUCCAGAGGCCCAUCUAGAAUAUUUGUCGAGGAUUACCUCUGAUCAUGCACCUAUGGUUAUGAGAUUAAAAAAUCCUCCCUCAAAAUAUGGUUCUUCCCCUUUCAAAUUCCAGCAAAUGUGGGUUAAGCAUGAGGCUUUUAUGGCUUGUGUGGCGGAUGUUUGGGAAGAAGAGGUAGAGGCGAUUGGUAUGGCUCGGUUGGCAAUAAAAUUGAAAAAACUAAAAAGUAGGUUAAGAAUCUGGAAUAGGGAGGUGUUUGGGUCUACGCUAAUGAAUAUUAAAUUCUUGGAAGAGAGAGUGGAGAUCUUAGAGCAAAAAUUGCAAGAGCUUUUUAAUGAUGAAGAUGAGCAAGAUUAUUUGGUUACUAAUAUUGAACUAAAUUCCUGGAAGGAACGGGAAGAGACCAGAUUAAGGCAACAAGCUAAACAAUAUUGGCUUGAGAAAGGUGAAGCUAACGCAAGUUUUUUCCGGGCCUUUAAUACUCAAUCCAAAAUGCAGAAGCAAGUGGGGGAUUUACCUGACUUAUCUUCGAUGGUGAAUGCUGUUAUUUCAGAUGAGGAUAAUGAGAGUUUAUGCCAGCUCCCUUCAAUCCAAAACGUGAAGGAUGCAGUGUUCUCCAUCCCUGUUGACAGCAGCCCAGGGCCAGAUGGGUUUGGGUCUGGUUUCUUCCAAGCUUGUUGGUCCAUUGUUUGGAAGGAUGUGGUGAGUCACCUAGCUCCGAUGCUCAAACGCAUAAUAUCCCCUGAACAGGGAGCUUUCAUUCCAAGCCGAAGCAUUUUUGACAACAUAAGCCUCACUCAGGAAUUGGCAAAUAGUAUCAACAAGCAGGUUCGGGGUGGCAACAUAAUCCUUAAGUUGGAUAUGGAGAAAGCAUAUGAUAGUGUAGAUUGGGGAUUUCUUUUACAUGUUAUGGCCCACUUUGGUUUCUCUAGGCAGAUGUGUGGUUUAAUUAAACAAUGCAUUUCGACUCCGUGGUUUUCAGUUGUCAUGAAUGGGGUACCAAAAGGUUUCUUUAAAAGUGGACGAGGUUUGAGGCAAGGAGAUCCUAUCUCCCCGUAUCUUUUCAUCAUUGUUGAAGAAAUCCUAUCUAGAUUGCUUAAGGUGAGUUUUGAAGAGAGGAAAAUUGGAUUCUAUUUGCAACCGAGAGGGACCCCAGUGAUUUCGCACUUAUUGUAUGCCGAUGACAUUCUUGUUUUUGCUAAUGGGAGUAGAAAGUCAGUGAGAGCUAUAAGGGAUACUUUGUCGAUACAUGAGCAAUGGUCAGGACAAAAGAUUAAGAAUGGGAAUGUUUCGUUCUGGUUUGAUAAGUGGCUGGAUGAGGGUCCUCUGUGUAGCGUGAUCCCUAUGGGUGACUUCCCAAGUUUACAGGUAAAAGACUUAAAAAUAGAAAAUGGCUGGGAUGUUGAUAUGUUAAGUCGGCUACUGGGGGAAGAAUUAGCUGAAAAAGUUUUGGAGGUUUUAAGCAAAAGUAGAGAAUGGGCUGACUUGCUUGUAUGGCCAGAAAACAAAGAUGGAAAAUUUUCUACAAAGAGUGCAUGGAACUAUGUUCGAGUUACUGCCUCUAAGGUUAGAUGGGCUGAGUGGGUAUGGCUUCCUUGUAUUCCUAAAAAUAUUUCUGUUAUUAUGUGGAAAGCUUUCAAUAACAUACUAAGUGUGGAUGAUAAAGUUAGAAAGCUUGGAAUUCCUAUAGUCUCAAAAUGUGACUGCUGUUUGAAUGGUGGAUACGAAGACAUAAAUCAUGUGCUUGCAAAUGGGGAUAUUGCAAAGGCAGUGUGGAACAGAGUGUUUGUGCAGAUAGGUUUGGGAAGAAUUACAGGAUUUUCAUGGCAACAUUUAGUAGAGGUUUGGUUUACUAAGGCAUCAAAAGCAUCUCAAAUGGGGCAACUGCUGGGGAUAAUUCCUUCCAUUGUCACUUGGUCCCUCAGGCUGAGAAGAUGUAAGGCACGAAUGGAUGGAGUUAAAGAUUCAGCUGUCACUGUUUGGCAUAAUAUCAAGAUAUGGACUGUAAAAAUGGGAGAAAAACUUUAA